UGUUGAACAAGUUACUUCAGGACCUGCUCAAAUAUAUAAACGAAAGUUAUAAUAUAGAAAUGAAAUAUGUAUAUAAAAACAGACAAAGAACCGUAAGAUAAGAUAAAAUUUCAUAAUACAUUACAAAAUACAUAUUUUAAGGUAAAUACCGAUACUACAUCCAUAAGUAAUAAUUUUCGUACAUUCCAUACUAGUAUCUAUAAUUACGAAAUAAUCAACAUUUUUAGAAAAUGCAACAAGUGGCUGAUAACGUAUCUCGCAUAUAUAUUUUUCAUCGGAGGCUAGAGUCCAAGUAUAAGAACGUAAAUGAAAUACAUGAUCCAAAGGAUUCGUAAUCGGAUCUCUUUGGACUUGAUAUACUUGUUCCUUCUGUAAUGAAUAAAUUAAAUAAAAAUAGUCAGUACGUAGAAAAUUUCAUUUUCUUCCACGAAUCUAUUAAUAAAACAAUUUGUAAAAAAACCUAUAAAGAAGAAUAAAAUGGAAAACUUAUAAUAAUUAUUUACAAAGCGAUCCACUUCAUCGAUUUCAAUGACCUUGAAAUAUAUGCUGUCAAGGUGAAUGUAUUGAAUAAUUUUGCACAUUGGGUUGUUCAAAAAAUGUCUUGCAUUUUUAUUAUAAAUUUCUAUAAAAUAAUGAAAUGUUGGAGCAAAUAUGAUUCUUAAUUGGAUACUAAAGAGGACUAAGGAGAAAUAUUUAAAAUUCGUUAAUAAAACAGGUUUCUUUUUUUCAGUGAGAUAAUGUUGAACCUCAUAUAUCCAAGAAGUUUUUAAUUUUAGUUGUAUUCACUUGUAUUUAUCCCACGCAUCGAAUAUUCGUGUUUCGUUAUUAUUUAUUUGGAUCUUUACAAAACUUAUUCGGAAAGUUUAGGCACGAAAUUAAAUACCUUAAAUGCUUGUAAAGAUUAUUUGAAGGAAUUGUCCGACAAAGACGAAAAAAUUAAGAAAAGGCUCGUAAAAUCAUAAGUAGUAGUAUAGUAAUAUUCCUUUAAGGAUUUAGACAUACACAUCAUCGACUGGUAAUGGUGACGUUACCCAUAUUCUUUAUGGCUUUUUGACAGUACCUGUAAAAAAUGGCUCGUCGGAGUGUCUUAAGUCUUCUAUACUUAUUAUAUUUCGCAAACAAUUGUAUGAAUUAUAGUUUGUGUACGUUCUAUAAUAAUUAUUACGAAGAAUAUGGAUUGGAGUCGGAGAAGUUGUGUCAUAUACUUGGUAAAGUGUCAACUAUAGACAUUAAAAUCGGUGCGGCGAUUGUACGGCCGAAGUACAUGCUGGACCGAUGGAAUGUUCGUGCUAAUGUUCAUUGUAAAUUUAAAUUUAUUACGGCCAAAGGUUAUGGAUUAUUUGGAGUCAUUCAAAAAAUGUCUUUCAGAAGAAACGGAACACAGUGUCUGGAUUAUGUACAAUUUAAAAGAAAAGAUUUUCAUAAGACAGAGAAGUUUUGUGGUUUAAUUGAUCGCAGUAAUAUGAAGUAUACAGUUCAUGAGUCAGAAGAUCAUUCUGAAUCACAAUCAUUAUCAGAGAUUUAUGCCGAAUAUGAUCCAAGCAAUCAUAAAUCUAAUGCAGAAUUAGAAACUGAAAUAUUUAUAUCAAAAGAGAAGUUAGAAGAAGGAGAGUUUCUUGCUAUUCGCAUUGCUUAUACAACAUUCGGAAAUUGCAGUAAUGUGGGCUACAAGAGAUACAAACUAAUCGGUCAUGAUACCUGUCUGCUAAAUGAAUACUUUUGCGAUGGCGUUUACAAUUGUAUACCAGGUAUUUGUUCUGAUGAGGAUAAUUGUCCCCAUGAAAUUAUUAGCUCUGGCACUGGUACAAAUGUAACAAUAGGUGCAGUGAGUACCAUGAUUAUAUGCUUUAUUUUAUUCAUUGUGUGUUUAUGGAUAUGUAAAAGGUCACAAAAAUUAUGUUGGUCUAUCGAUUGCGCCGAUUCAAACGUGUGUUCGAGACCAGAACCAUUAUCACGUGAUACAGAGGGAUCUGUAAAUCCAUCAGUUCCCUCAGCACCAAUGUUAGAAGUCGCAGUUCCUUCAUCGGUUGCUGAUAAAGAUUUACCACCUAGUUAUGAUUCCCUGUUUCCAGAACAAAGUAACCCUGCUAGAUCAUAAUAGUAAAUGCAAGUUAUUAUAUGUAAUUAAUUUGUACUGACUUGUUAUCUAAUGUUUUAAUUAGAUAUUGUUGUACACAAUGCAGUCUUCAGAUAUAUGGUAUGAAUGAGUGCCUUUUUGAAUGAACCAGAUAUAAUCACAUACAAGUGAUCGAUAAGAAUACCGAAUUUCUUUUUAGUAUUUUAUACCAACUAUUUUGUCAAUGUUGUAUACACUAGCAUUUAUGAUACUGAAUAUUUUUAUAUUUUAUAUAACUUGUUCUACAAAACUAUAUUGAGAUAUAAGUACAUACAAGAUCCGUAAUGUAUAAAAUAUAAAUAGCCACUACGUAUGGUCAAUUAUUCAAAAACGAAAAGUACUAUUUUAGAACAAAAACCUGUUCAUAGUUUAUAAGUCGCUUUUAAUGUUGAAAAAAUACAGUAUUUAAUAAAUAUAAUAUUUAUACAA